AUGAGAAAGAAGACCUCGAUUAGACAAUUCAAAAUCGAGCUUCGCAGUCAGGCAAUCGAUCAUUGUGUGCUAUUCACGUACGAAAAGAAGGAAAAAAACUCCGGAACCAAAAGCGAAGGCGCCAAAACCGAGGAUGUCAUUGCGCCUCAAACCGUCCCUCCCCCCACCGACGUUCUGGGGCAUCAACGCUCACCCCGCGUCGCCAGACCGAGGCCGCCCUUCCACUCACGGCGCUCAAAAACACGAGGGGUGGCGAGACUAACAUUGAGCCCCCGACGCCUCGAUACUCCCUCUUACACUACCCAGGUCUCUACGCUCAAAUUUGGAUGGAAGAACCACAGCUACAGUCCACCCCGAAACACCACUGAUAGGUAUUUCCAGAACGUGGGAUUCGCGUUCCAGUGCAUACCUCCAACACCGCGCAUACCCACCUCACUAACACAAUAG